AAGGAAGCGGAGAGGGAGGGAGACGAGGUGCCGCCGCCAGCAGCCUUGUCGCUCUGCUUUCUGCAGCCAGUGCGGAGGACGGGGCAGCCCCCGCCUGGCGUCCCGGCAUGCUGAAAGUCACCAUGCCCUCCUCCUCCUCCUCCUCAUCGUCCUCCUCAUCGUCCUCCUCCUCCUCGGGCUCUGCGGCCGCCGGCCGCCCCGGGGGCGCCGCGCCCGACUACUGGAUCGACGGCUCCAACAAGGACACCCUGGCCCACUACUUCGAGCUGGAGUCCGAGCUGGGACGUGGGGCUACAUCCAUUGUCUACAGAUGCAGGCAGAAAGGGACCCAGAAACCUUACGCCGUCAAAAUGUUGAAGAAGACAGUAGACAAGAAAAUUGUCCGCACAGAAAUUGGAGUGCUUCUUCGCCUUUCACAUCCCAACAUCAUAAAACUGAAGGAGAUAUUUGAGACCCCUACCGAAAUCAGUCUUGUUCUGGAAUUGGUCACAGGUGGAGAACUAUUUGACAGGAUUGUGGAAAAGGGUUAUUACAGUGAACGAGAUGCUGCUGAUGCUGUUAAACAAAUCUUGGAGGCAGUUGCUUACCUGCAUGCAAAUGGGAUUGUGCACCGUGACUUGAAGCCAGAAAAUCUACUCUAUGCAACACCAGCACCAGAUGCACCACUGAAAAUUGCUGAUUUUGGACUUUCCAAGAUUGUGGAAGAUCAGGUGACCAUGAAGACAGUUUGUGGAACUCCAGGGUACUGUGCACCAGAGAUACUACGAGGAUGUGCCUAUGGCCCUGAAGUGGACAUGUGGUCUCUGGGGAUUAUCACCUACAUUCUACUCUGUGGCUUUGAACCAUUUUAUGAUGAAAGGGGAGAUCAGUACAUGUUUAAGAGAAUCCUGAACUGUGAAUAUGACUUUGUGUCCCCCUGGUGGGAUGAUGUGUCUCUGAAUGCCAAGGAUUUAGUUAAAAAGUUAAUUGUUUUAGACCCCAAGAAACGCCUCACAACUCUACAGGCUUUGCAGCACCCAUGGGUCACAGGAAAGGCAGCAAAUUUUGCACAUAUGGACAAUGCACAAAAGAAACUCCAAGAAUUCAAUGCCCGGCGUAAACUUAAGUGUUAUUAGGGAACUGUGACAGAGAAUCUCUACAGGGCAAAGAAAAAAGUUUUGUCAUUUAUGAAGUUCUUGGACAUGGUAGAUAUAAUUCAGUGAUGCUUUGCCCCUGCAGAACCGGCUAAGUGUGUCUAUUAACAUUGCUCCCUUCCAAAAGAUUUCUAUAGCCUUACAGCAGGAUUGCUGUGAAUUCAUUGAAGAAGCCGUAUAAUGUUGUUACAUCAAAAUGAUUUAAGAGCACUGAGCAAAGUCAUAAAAUUCAUUAUUUCUGAAUGAGCUGUUAUAUUACCUGCCCAGGAGGUCACAAAGAACCGUGUGCCUUUUUUGCAUGUUUUGGUAUUGAUUCUCUCUAUAUUCUUACACCUUUGAUCACUAGCUUGAUUUUCUGAAGUUCAGUCUAUUUAUACCAAUUUAGUCAACAAACUUAUACCUCUGUGUUUAAAAGCUGUUGCUUUUUAUGAACUUAUUUUUCAUUUUUUUUCUGUCAAAGGCUAAAUGACCAAUUCUGUAAUUAUUAAUUAAAAAUAAUUUAUUGAAGUUUGCAGUUAUUGUACAGUUACAAGUUUUAUACCUACAUACGUAUAAAAUGAACCAUAGAUUUGUAGAUAAUUAAUUCUUGUUCAUGAAAACAAGAACAAAGAAGAAAAACAGGCAGUGAAUAAAAACUAUGUAUUUUGUUAAUAAUAUAAGAAUAAUACAAAAUUACACUCUCUGUCCCAGCAUAUGAGACCAGUUACAGGCUUUUCUUUAAAUAAAGGAAUAUGUUACAGAAUAAUUCUAAAGCUCUCAGUGAUGAUUUGGUUUUUUAUAGAUUUGUUGAAUUUUUUUUUUCAUAAACAUUUACAUGCCUAGUGAGAGUAAAUGACAUUAAAAGUAUCUUUAUACAUUCAAAUAUCAAGUGGCUUGUUCUGUUUGUAACUUGUUUUCUGAAAUGCUCUCACCAUUUAAUAUAGAUACCUGUGAUUUUCCUUUAAGAGGUCUAGAAUCCCACCUUCAAAAUUCUUGCCACUUUUAUUGACUCAUUUUGACUUCAUAUUCUGAUGAUGAUUCUUCACUGACGCCAACUUUUAUAUAACCUGCUUUUUCAUUAGCAUCUUUUUUUGUCUGUUUGCUUGUUUUUGUUUGUUUGUUUGUUUGUUUGUUGCAUGUUCACCUCUACAAAACCAUCCACAAAUACAUAUAAUCCUUCUCAUCCCUUCCUUCCGCCCCCUCUUCUGUGAUGCCUAUGCAAACAGCCACCUAGGUCAAAAAGAGCUAGAGUUGUCAUACACAGAGAUAGUGUUUCUUCUUUCUUUCAUAUGUUUUUUUGUUUUUUGUUUUUGUUUUUCUGGCAAUAAAGGCAAGGGCUAAGAAAACUGUCUUUAUGUGUGUCCUCCCUUUUUGAUGUUUUUGACAUUUUAUACACCAUGAGAGCCUGUCCCCAAAAUUUACUUCUUUGUAUAUGUCUAUAAAUAUAUAUAUGUGUGUAUACAUAUAUAUGUGUGCAUAUGUGUACGCUUAGACCUAUGGGCAGUUGCCCAUAUGCCAUCCACUGGUGUGCUUGGCAUAUGCAGUAGUGAUAAAUUGUUUCCCUUGAAUAAUCAAUGGUAAUAAAUUUAUUGGUAAGAUGGAAAAGAACUCUGUUUUUGCCAUCUAACUUCAGAGCAGGAGGUCUGAAGUAGUUUUUAAAAAUAACGCCACAUGUGCAGAUGAAAUAAAAUUCCUGUUCAUGUUGGUGAACUUUGUAACCUUAUGAAAACAGCUCUUUUAAACCUCAGUCCAGUAUUUCAGAUGCUCUUCUAAAUCUGACUGAGCCCAUGCAGAUAUCUGGAUGAUGUUACCAUGAACAGCAAGCACCAUAAUGUUCCCCAGCACCUUGAUGCUAAGGCUAUAAUGCUGGCAGGCUGUGUCCUUUAAGGAAUGCUU